AUGAUUCUGGAUGGCAAGACUGAGACCAUAGCCAUAUAUUCUCAUUUCCUGCUGCUGUGUGUUGCCCUGGUGCUCCUUGCUGUGCAUGGAGACUCACUGAGAAUCAGAGAGAUGUGGAAACCACUCCACAGCCCCAGAAACCGAGAUUUGUUUUUCCAAAAUCUUCAGGCCUAUUUUAAGGGAAGAGGUCUUGAUCUUGGCAGGUUUCCAAGUACAUUCUCCAUAAACUAGAAUCUCAGACCUCUGUCUUUCAAGUCAGAACUUAUUGCUUUUGCAUUUGCAGAUUGUGAAGAACAGAAAAAUUCCUUUCCCAAUUACCUCAACGUCUAA